AUUGAUGCGGGUGGGUGUUGUGAACCUGAUGAGUGGAUCAUGAAUGAAUGAAUGAACGAACGAAUGAACUGCCAAGCAACAGCAAGUUAAAGCUUAUCACAACAUAACCUUCUGUGGUCCGGAGUCCUCGACAGCACUAAGCGGCGACCGAAAGGAGUUUGAGACCGCACUGCAAGAUGAGCUUCGUCGGCAAGGUGGUGUUGAUCACGGGGGCCAGCUCCGGCAUCGGCGCGGCCACCGCGGUGCACCUGGCGCGCCUGGGCGCCAGCCUCGCGCUGACCGGCCGCAACGGCCAGAACCUGCAGGAGGUGGCGAACAGGUGCGAGCAGGUGCAGACCGGCAACAAGGUGAAGCCGCACAUCAUCACCGGGGAGCUCACCAGCGAGGCGGACACCAAGAAGAUCCUGGACUCGACCAUCGAACACUUCAAGCAGCUGGACGUCCUGGUCAACAACGCUGGCAUCAUUGGGGUGGGCAGCAUCGAGAACACCAGCUUGGCCCAGUACGACCAGAUGUUCAACACUAAUGUGCGCUCCGUAUACCACUUAUCCAUGUUGGCAGUGCCUCACUUGGUCAAAACGAAGGGCAACAUCGUCAAUGUAUCUAGUGUGAAUGGACUGAGGGCGUUCUCUGGAGUCCUUGCCUACUGUAUGUCGAAAUCUGCUAUUGAUCAAUUUACACGAUGUGUGGCUCUAGAACUUGCACCGAAGGGAGUACGGGUGAACAGUGUCAACCCUGGUGUUGUUGUCACUGAAUUGCAGAAGAGAGGAGGCUUAGAUGCGGAAGCUUAUGCUAAAUUUUUGGAGCGUUCUAAGGAAACACAUGCUCUUGGGCGACCUGGUCAACCCGAAGAAGUAGCUGCCACCAUUGCGUUUUUGGCAAGCCCAGAAGCAAGCUUCAUUACAGGAGCAAGCUUGCCUGUUGAUGGGGGACGCCAUGCUAUGUGCCCUCGCUAAUCUAAUGUCAUGAUUCGUGCAUAAUGGUUUUAAUGAAAUGUAGUCCUCAACAUUAUGCCACAUUUCAUUCUUUAUAAUAUUUUUAUUGUGAUUUUCUACGUGGCCAUAUGAUAUACAUUUUUCUUUUUCAGAAGUGUAUUGCUCAAUUGUUCAACAUGAUGUAAAUUUGAAUGACAUGUAAUCCCUAUGAGAGCUUCACCCUCAUAUUGCAGGGCAGAACAUGAACAUGAUAGGCUGGACUACCAGGAAUGAUCCAGGUGCCUAUGUCUUUGCUUGUUGGUUUUACUCUCAUUGCUGUACUUAACUUUAUUUCUUUCUUAGAACAGUGUUAUUUUAAGUACAAAUUUUAGCUUGUAAUGUCAUGUGAAAAUGGUUUGGAAGCUUUCUAUAUUUUUGUUAAUGAAAUAUAUUUAGUCAAUAAUA